ACUCAUUUCAUGUCGGCUCGUUUGCCUCUGAAGCCUACAGCCAACAAUGAUGUCGCCAUCCAAUUCCAAUCUCACAAGUUCUACUGCAUUUCUGCUAUAUUUAGCUAUUCUCCUAAAUGUAGUGAGUGCCCAUAACUUUAGCAAGCUCUUCCAAUGUAACUGGGCACCAGAUCACUUGGUAGAUGAAGGAGACCAAAUUAAGCUUACACUUGAUACAGCUUCAGGAUGUGGGUUUGGGUCCAAAAGAAAGUAUCUAUUUGGCAAAAUAAGUUUGGAGAUCAAGUUAGUAGAAGGUGAUUCUGCUGGAACAGUCACAGCUUUUUAUAUGUCAUCUGAUGGACCUAGCCAUGAUGAGCUAGACUUUGAGUUCCUUGGUAAUCUUUCCGGCGACCCAUACUUGGUACAGACAAAUGUUUAUGUCAAUGGCACCGGAGAUCGGGAGCAGAGGCAUACCCUAUGGUUUGAUCCGACGACCGAUUUCCAUACAUACACUCUACUAUGGAAUCACUACUAUGUCAUGUUUCUUGUUGAUGGAGUUCCCCUUCGGGUCUUUGCCAACAAGGAAGAAGCCAAUGUAUUAUACCCCAAAAACCAAGCCAUGGGAAUUUAUGGUUCACUGUGGAAUGCUGAUGACUGGGCUACUCAAGGAGGGAUGGUGAAGACAAACUGGAGCCAUGCACCUUUCGUUUCAACUUUCCGGUCAUUUAAGGUAGAUGCAUGCGAGUUUUCGCCGGAAAACGGAACUGUGAUUGGAAAAUGUAGCAAUGUGAGGCAGUACCACUGGGAUAAAUCAGCCAUGAAUGGGUUGAGUAAGCACAAAAGCCAGCAGCUUAAAUGGGUGCGUGAAAAGCACUUGGUAUAUGAUUACUGUGAAGAUACAGUGCGGUUCCCUGAACCACCAAAGGAAUGCUUGAAUUAGAUAAGUAUUAUAUUGAAACAUGCCCUCAUGCAUUCGUGUCAAACCAUAUGAAAUUCCUCAUGUUGUGUGAUCACUUGCUCGGUUUCUUCAUUAUGGUUACGUAUUCACCCCAGCCGCAAAGUACCCCAACAACAAAGUCACUACAUAAAAGUGCACAACCGAAGUCACACAACUAGCCC